AUGGGGCUCAAGUGGUGGAGACAGCUGUGGGCCAAAUCCAGCCUCAGGCUGCUGCCUCCUUCCUCCUAUGUUGUGCCUGACCAGAAAGCGAGCUAUUCCAGCUAUGCCAAGGAAUCCACAUCCUUUGUCACAAACAUAUUCAACGGGCACCUGGCCCCCCAAAACGUCUUUCCCUUCCCUUCAGUUCUCUCCCAGGAGCAAGCGCAGUCCCUGCAGGCCAUGGUGGAUCCCUGCAGCCGCUUCUUUGAGGAAGUGAACGAUCCAGCUGCCAACGAGGAACUGGAGGGCAUCGAGGAGGAGACCCUGGCCGGCCUCAAGGACAUGGGCUGCUUUGGCCUCCAGGUGCCUGAGGAGUUGGGGGGCAUCGGGCUCACCAACACGCAGUAUGCCCGCAUGGUGGAGGUGGUCGGGAUGCAUGACCUCGGGGUGGGCAUCGCCCUCGGUGCCCACCAGUCCAUCGGCUUCAAGGGGAUCCUGCUCUUUGGCACAAAAAGCCAGAAGGAGAAAUACCUGCCCAAGUUGGCAACCGGCGAGGUCUACGCGGCCUUCUGCCUGACGGAGCCGUCGAGCGGGUCCGACGCCGCCUCCAUCCAGACGACGGCGGAGCUCAGUCCCUGCGAGCGCUAUUACACCCUCAAUGGUGGCAAGAUCUGGAUCAGCAACGGCGGCACCGCCGAGAUCUUCACGGUCUUCGCUAAGACGCGCGUCAAGGACGUGACGACGGGUGAGGAGAAGGACAAGAUCUCGGCCUUCAUUGUCGAGAGAGCCUUCAAGGGCGUCACCAGCGGCCCCCCGGAGCAGAAGAUGGGCAUCAAGUGCUCCAACACGGCCGAGGUGCACUUCGACGGCGUGCAGGUGCCGGCGGAGAACCUGCUGGGCCCCCUGGGGCGCGGCUUCCAGGUGGCCAUGCACAUCCUCAACAACGGCCGCUUUGGGAUGGCCUCGGCGCUGGCCGGCACCAUGCGCGGCGUCCUCCGCAAGGCGGUGGAGCACGCGGCCAACCGGCAGCAGUUCGGGAGCGCCCUGAGCCGCUUUGGCAGCAUCCAGGAGAAGCUGGCGCGCAUGGCGAUGCUGCUCUACGUGACUGAGGCCAUGGCUUACGUGCUGAGCGCCAACAUGGACAUGAAGGUGCCCGACUACCGCCUGGAGGCUGCCAUCAGCAAAAUCUUCGCCUCGGAGGCAGCCUGGAAAGUGACCGAUGAAGUCAUCCAGAUCCUGGGCGGGAUGGGCUACAUGAAGGAGACGGGAGUGGAGAAAGUCCUGCGAGACUUGAGGAUCUUCCGCAUCUUUGAGGGCACCAACGACAUCCUCCGCCUGUUUGUGGCGCUGGGGGGCAUGAAGCAUGCUGGAGAGGAGCUACAGCGCCUUCAGAGGACCCUCUCCAAUCCUUGGGGGAAGGUGGAAGCCCUCUGCAAGGAGAUCAUCAUGAGAGCCAAACGGAAAGUUGGGCUUCCCAGUGGCUUGUCUCUGCAGGGUGUGGUUCACCCAGACCUGGAUGACUGCGCGACUCUGGUCACCAAGGCCAUUGAUCUGUUUGGGGAAGCGGUUGAGAGUCUGCUGCUGAAAUAUGGAGCUGCAGUGGCAGACCAGCAGUUCCACCUGAAGCGCGUGGCGGACUCUGCCAUCGACAUCUACGCCAUGGCUGUGGCUCUCUCCAGGGCCAGCCGCUCUCUUUGGCUGAAGCAACCGGCAGCGCAGCACGAGGAGCUCCUGUGUCGGGCCUGGUGCCUUGAGGCCUUCCAGCGCGUCCGCCAGGCUCUGCGGGAAGCCAAUUCGCUGGCCUGGGAGGAGUCCUUUGCCGACAUGAAGCGGAUCUCUGAUGCCCUGGUGAAGAAUGGCGAUGUUGUGGCUCCUCACCCGCUCGGCUUCUGAGCUCCCGGGGGGGCUUUCAGUCAGGGACUGGAAGGAGCUUGGCAUCUAUUAAAGCUGAUUUAAGGCCAGCUGCCUCAGUUUCCCUGCUGCUCUGGAGGUCUGCCCUGGUCUGGCCCAGGCAGCUUCCGGUACUCCUAGCUCUGGGGUCUGGCCGGCUCCCGAGGGCCUCCUCUCCCGCUUUGGACAAGCACCCCUGACAUCUGAAGCAGAGGUUGGAUGGCCACCUGUCUGGGAUGCUUCAGUUGAAAUCCCUACAUUGCAGGGGUUGGACUAGAUGACCCCCGGAGUCCCUUCAAACUCUACAAUUCUAGGAUUCUAAGGCAGCCAUUCAGCCUCUGCUUUCAAACCUCCAACGAAGGACAGCCCAUUCUCCGCAGGGCGGCGGCCUCAUUGGCCCCUCUUGCUUCAGUCGGCCUUUCUGGGGUUUAUUAGCUGCGUCUGUUUUCAGGCAUCUACUGUAAAUAUUAUUUGCUGCCCUGAGAAGUGAUGGAGGCCCCUCUUGCCUCCCCCAAUUCCUCGCUAUAGGGCAGGGGAUGAAUUCCUGGGAGUCAAGUGAGACUGCGCAGCGAUCUGAC